CUUUUUUUUUUAAUUGAAGCCAUUUUUUUGAUUGAAUAACAAAGACACAAAUCUACCUCCAUAUGGCUCCGCCCAGGGGAUACAAUUUGUGACUGGGGUAACUACAUUGGCACGACACCGGCGGGCGUACCAUAUUCAAUGGAUGACGAUCUUGGCGAAAAGUAUUGCCUAGGACGCCUGAUUUAGAAUUCCCCUCAAGAAUGAUGGGAAACAAAAAACUGAAUAUUCUUGUAAAUUAAUUUUAUUGCUGACACUGCGUUUCGGGGUCAUCAACAUGUUGUGCCCCCCCUGCCCCAAAAGUCAAAUUCCGCCUAUGAUCGCAUUUUGUGAGAUCACCGUUAUCGUGAGCCUUGUAUCGCAAAUCGUAUCGGGAGGUACCCAGAGGUUCCCACCUUUUGUAAAUGGAGCCCCCGCGCGCACAAUUCUUCCACUCAUUAGCGCUCCCCAACCACCCACUUUAAUCAGGACUCGGUUUGAAGCGAGCAAGGGUGUUAUUUGAGGUGACAAGCUGCCAAAAAGGAGGAAGAAGUACGGCGUGGGACGCCGUGGAUUGAUGGCGCGUUCAGGCAUGUGUCGUCGUGUGGGUGAAGUCUCACCUGAUUUAGUGGCGCUCGACGGGGAGGGAGAAGAUGAACGACUGAGGGAGAGAAGGCUGGUGGGGGCAGGAACGACCGUACGCGGCGUGGCGAGGGGGCGAAGCGCCGACUUCCACCCCGUCACAAAGCUUAUCUAAACCGGGAGGAUGAGCGUGCUGCGGGCGGCGUGCUGGAGGCACUGCUGGCCGCUGGUUGUGCUCGGGAUGUGCGCAUGCGCCAGUGUUAAAGAGCCUGGCAACAUGUCAUUCGUCAAAGACACAGUGGAUAAACUUUUAAAAGGAUAUGAUAUUCGUCUCAGGCCAGACUUUGGAGGUGCCCCUGUGGCGGUUGGCAUGAGCAUAGACGUGGCUAGCAUAGACAUGGUGUCCGAAGUGAAUAUGGACUACACGCUGACUAUGUAUUUCCAGCAGUACUGGAGGGACAAGAGGCUGGCCUACUUGGGCAUUCCCCUCAACCUAACCCUGGACAAUCGGGUAGCGGACCAGCUGUGGGUGCCCGAUACCUACUUCCUCAAUGAUAAGAAGUCCUUUGUGCAUGGCGUCACUGUGAAAAACCGCAUGAUUCGUCUGCACCCAGACGGGACCGUUCUUUACGGCCUCAGAAUCACCACGACGGCCGCUUGCAUGAUGGACCUGAGGCGAUACCCGCUGGACGAACAGAACUGCACGCUGGAGAUUGAGAGCUAUGGCUACACGACGGACGACAUCGAGUUUUAUUGGAAAGGCGGCGACACGGCAGUGACGGGUGUGACGCGCAUAGAGCUCCCGCAGUUCUCCAUUGUGGACUACAAGCUGGUUUCCAGAAAUGUGGUAUUUUCCACAGGUGCCUACCCUCGACUGUCUCUAAGCUUCAAGCUGAAGAGGAACAUCGGCUACUUCAUCCUGCAGACGUAUAUGCCCUCCAUCCUGAUCACCAUCCUGUCCUGGGUCUCCUUCUGGAUCAACUACGACGCCUCGGCCGCCAGAGUCGCUUUAGGCAUCACCACUGUGCUGACUAUGACCACCAUCAACACGCACCUGAGGGAGACGUUGCCCAAGAUCCCGUACGUGAAGGCCAUCGACAUGUACCUGAUGGGUUGCUUCGUCUUUGUCUUCCUGGCCUUGCUGGAGUACGCCUUCGUCAACUACAUCUUCUUCGGGCGGGGCCCGCGCAUGCAGAAGAAGCUGGCCGAGCGGGCGCAGAAGGCAAACAACGACCGGGCCGCUUUCGACCGGCCCAAGGCCGACUCUCAGGGGAACAUCCUGCUGACCACCCUUGAGAUCCACAACGAGGUGGGCGGCCACGCCAUCACCAGCACCACCCGCAGCAGCACCAGCAGCAGCCUGUACGACGCCACGCGCAACUCCACCCCCGUCCCGCUGGACAACUCCUCGGGGGUCCAGUACAGACGGAGCAGCGGGCGGGCCGCCCGUCCCCUAGGUGGCCCGGAUGUGAGGCGGAGCCGCCUGAGGAGGCGAUCGUCGCAGCUGAAAAUCAAAAUCCCAGACCUGACGGACGUGAACGCCAUCGAUCGCUGGUCCCGUUUCAUCUUCCCCUUCUCAUUUUCCUUCUUUAAUGUCGUCUACUGGCUCUACUACGUCAAUUAAUGUAUAUGUGUGUGCACCUCGUUGAACUCUGACGUAUCUCGGGCAACAUGGUGGGCAACCACGUCACGGCACCGGGUGAUCCUCGGUGUCCGAUCGCCAUGAGGUAAUGCGAUAUACAGAGGAACCUCUAACGUCAAACGUCACUUCAAAGUUCGCUUUUCCCAUUGGAAAUCUUGUGAAGCCGGCGACCAGUCCAGGGUGUACACUACUUUUCUCGCCAAAUGUUAUUUCAUGUUCAAGUAAAGACUCUUAAAUGUCCAAAAGCGCUUGUUCAUUUUCUAUUAACCCUGAGAUUGACUGGCGACCAAUCCGGGGUGUAACGUGCUUUCCUUGCCCGAAGUCAUCCAAGAUAAACUCAUAUAUGUAUGUGUGUGUGUGUGUUUGUCACUGGACGUUAGAGGCUCCGCUGCGUUCUCCGCCGCUAAGCUAAAUGUCGGCUGUCCGUCUUUGCUGUUUUUGCGGUGACAUCGUUUGGACUGACAGACUUUUGAUUGCUUUCAUUUUGUGUUGAAUUUAUAAAAACAAGCAGACAAAUCUCCGCUGGUGUGUGUGCUCUUAUUUCACCAUCUGUGACUAGCAACGCGUAGGAGUGGACGCCACCUGUCACGACAUGGCGGGGCAGCCACUAGGCACAAUCUAUUAUGAAGAAGAAAAAAAAGUUGAGAAACUAAAAGAACGGAUCAGAGUAAUUUUUAAAAAAUUUGAUUCACUUUUGUGUUAACGUCAUGAUUUUUUUUUACAAUACAUUUCAAACAUAAGCGAAGAUUGAGUGCCCCCUCCAGUGGCGAAAAAUGUCAUUGCAUGUCAUGUAAUUAAUUUUCCUAUAAAUUAAUUUAAAGCUAACUCGGAAUUUUUGCCACAAGGCUUAAUCUUCGAGAUGGUUAGCGUGUAAUUUAGUGCUGCAACGAUUAAUCGAUUAACUCGAGUAAUUGGUUAGAAAAAAGAUUUGAAUUAUUGCUGCUUCGCGUAUUUGUUUAUUUAAAGCCGCGUUGUAAUAGUUUGUUUUGAAAGUUCCCAUGAAAAGAUAUACUCAAAUAUCUACAGAAAUGUGAUGGGUGUACUCACUUUUGUGAUACACCGUAUUUUGUUCAUUAUUUUUGGGUCAGUCAAGGCCUCACGCUCAUGAUAGGGCUGCAAUCAAUCAGUCAACAGAUUCAUGGAUCAAGUCCCUCCCUCUGUUAAUAAAAGGGACCGACUCUGGUUUUUGGGGCAUCAUGUACUGUAAUUAAAAGCAGCUCAGACUUGAGCAUGGCGUGUGUGCCGUUUAUUGUUGGUUUGAGCUCUUUCCGUGUGAUUUCCCUUGAGACUUUUUCUGGGAAAUCUGUCAAAUCAAUCAGGGAGGUCCCAACAUUAUUUACUUUAUUACUUUUACUACCUUUAACUUUGGUGUUCAUAUGACUCCCACCGCCGAUUUCUUGUUUUACCAACAUUCAUUCAUUUUCCAAGCAGCUUAUCCUCACGAGGGUCACGGGGGUGCUAGAGUCAAUCCAAGCUAACUAUGGGCAGUAGGCUGGGGCUGAAUCGGUUGUCAUGGCACAAGGAUACAUAGAAAAUUUAUAAUUACAGUAGUUGGAUGUUGCCUUCAGGACCAUAGGGGGCCGUUUUUUGAGUCACACAUUUUGAGCCAUACACUUAAAAGUAUAUGGCGGAAAACACAGACAAGACUGAAGUAGCAGUUUCUGCUCUUGCACUCCUCUUUAAAACGAACUGCAGUAUUUUAAGCCAACACAACUGUUAUGUUUGAUAGAACAAUAUGUCUAUAUGCUGCCAUAGCAGAUUCAUCACACAUUAAGCCCCCCAACUAUUUUUACCCUGAAAACCCCCGUUUACGGACGUUGCGCAACCGCUUUUGCUUCAACCUAGCCAUAAAAAGAAGGUAAGUAAUUAUGUUUAUUAUUCAAAAUGUCAUGUUUAGCUUAGAAUCAUUAAUUGAUGUCUAAUAUUGAGUUAAAAAAGAAAAGAAAACGACUUUAAAAAAAUUAUUCACUCGCAUAUUUUAAACUUUUAAACAAAUUACAUCACAAUGAAAAAUUUGGUGUCUGUAAAAAAGUCACGGAUAUCUACCUCAUAACUAUCACUUAAUUGUAGAGAUGUCCGAUCGCGUCAUUUUCCAGGUAUCGGAAUUGGCAAAAAAAUAUUGGCCAUGCCUUUUUUCAAUAUAUAUAAUGUAUAUUUUUUAAUUAAAUCGUUUUCUAAUUGUAUUUAACGUUACAAACAUAAUAUCUUACACUCAUCCAGAGUCUUUAGUUCAGGCUUAAGGUAGGGUUAUCAAAUAUAUCCCGA